CCAGACUCGGAGGAAGACGGCCUCCAACUCGAGCGAGGUUGCCUUACUCUGAUAGCGUUUGCUUCUCUUUUCUUGAAAUAUCAUUCGGUAAGAAGGACGACGGGUUUUACUUGUCAUCCCAAUUCUUCUUUGCGUAUCCCAUUUUGACUGUACAUCGUCUAUCAUCAACAACCCAACACCUCUCUCUCUCGCCAGUCAACUUCAGAAAUCACCCAAAAAAAAAUGACCCAAAAAACCAGCUACCCCUCCCCCCUCCUCCGCGAGCUGCAAGAAAACGGCUUCACCGUAAUCCGCUCCCUCCUCACCCCCUCCGAACUCACCACCCUACGCUCCGCCGCAGACUCCCUGACGGCCCUCGCCCGCGCCGGUUCCUGGCCCUACAUCCGAACCGUAGGCAAACAAUUUCCACCCUGGCCCUCCACUCCCCCCGCCGACGGUUCCGGAAUCUGGGGCGUCCAACACCUUUUACACCCGGACCUACCCCUCCCCCAAGCAUCCAAAGACGCCUUUCUAAAACUCUACUUCUCCCCUUCCAUCCUCUCCAUCGCCAAGCAACUGUUGCCCGAGGGCACCACGGACGAUGACCUGGUAAUGGAAUUGUUCAACAUGCUCGUUCGGCCCGACAAGGACUUUGCUCUGAGCUGGCAUCGGGACGAUAUCCCCGCGACUGCGUCCGCCGAGGAAGAAAGGCAGAGGCUGGUGCCGGCUACGAAACCGCGCUACCAUACGCAAUGGAACUUGAGUCUCGUCGAUAACGAUACGUCCCUGGUUCUGGUUCCCAAGUCACACACGCGCCCGCGCACAGACGAGGAGCGCGCAGCGGAUCCGUUUGAGCCUGAUAUGCCGGGGCAGCUGGUUGUGGAGCUGAAUGCGGGGGACGUGGCGUUUUAUGAUAAUAAUAUUCUGCAUAGGGGGGUGUAUUCGUCUCAAAAAGAGAGGACGACGUUGCAUGGAAGUGUCGGGCAUGUGGCGGGCGCAGCAAGUGGGAAGAGGGCGAGGAAUGUGUUGCAGCAUGGGGUCGGGGAGUGGGUAGAACGAUGCGAUUUCUCGGCGUUGGGGGAGAGAGGGGAGGAGGCGAGAGAGAGGGCGGAGGGGAUGAGGGAGCGGUUGGUGAGGAUGGGGAGGGAGAAUAAGGAUGUUGGGUUUUCGCUCGAUGGUUAGGUAGGGUAAGAAUCUAUGGGGACAGAGCUAUGCCGUUACCGUUAAUUUAUGGAGAGAUAUCAAUAAGUUUGUGUCACAUUUGUUGAUGCGGUGGAGACGGUUCACGCUGGAGGUGUUGAACUUGAGAGGAAGGGCUUGAUGUUGCGACGCUCGGUUAUUUGCAGGAGCAAAUCUUGCUAUGUUGUCCAUACUUCAGGUCGAAGAAUGCCGUCGAUAUUGACAUAGAGUCAUGUACGAAUCGGCUGUUGCUGUCAACCCAUUGACUCCGAGGCCCGUAUCGUUUAACUGACCGGAUCUGUUUGAUCAGAAGUCUGAUGAUCCUACCUUCAUGUAAUGGUUUUGUCCUC